AUGUCCUUCCCACCUCUUACUCCUCAAAAACCUCUUCCAGGUGCCUACUUCCAGACUCCCGCUCCGUCAGCAUACAAUGGGCCUCUCUUCCAGUCAUCUAACCUGUCUGGUGGCCGCGACCAACCUGCGACUGCGGCGGAACCGUUCCCCCAACCCCGUCGUCCAAGGCUACCAGCGACGAAGAUUAAGAACAGAGUGGAGACCUUGAACCCACGGCAGCGAGCUGCGCGGACGGUAGAUGAGGCUUUGGCGCAAGAAGCACGAUACCCAGAUUUGGACAGUUAUUUAUCCCAGGGAUUUUCUUCCGAUUAUGAUAUCCCAACGUCAGCGUCUUGGGCGCCGUUUCAAAAAGUGAAGAUGUAUAAUAUUCCAGACCAAAUAUUCGACCAGUACAAUCGAGCACAGGUAUCGACGAGUAUGGGUCUUUUUGCGGAGUUGAAUCACGCCUGGGUUGCUAUUGAUAAUGCACUGUAUCUCUGGGAUUACACGCAUCCAAAUCCGCAGCUGGUGGGAUUUGAGAGCCAACCAAAUAGUAUAAACACUGUCAAGCUUGCGCGACCCAGAGCUGGCGUAUUCCUUCCGUCAAUCUCGCAUAUCCUCAUUAUCUCAACGACGGCAGAAGUCUUGAUAUUGGGUUUGGGUUGCGAUACUUCUCCCUCUGGAACAAAGCUGGUGACACUCUAUCAAACUGCGAUGGCGACAUCGAUUAAAGGCAUGGAUAUCAAUGUGAUUGCCUCCUCAGACUCGACCGGGAGGAUAUUUUUUGCUGGGUCUGCUGACAAUGAGGUCUAUGAACUCACCUAUCAACAGGAAGAGCGAUGGUUCCAAGGCCGAUGUGGGAAAGUGAACCACACAAGUAAGAGCUUUACUGUUUUUACUCCGUCAAUUAUUCUAGGCCAUAAGCCAACGGAACACGUUGAGCAGAUGGUUGUCGAUGAUAGCCGAAACCUCCUAUACACACUCUCUUCGAACUCGUGCAUCCGCGUAUUCCACUUGAAACCUGAUGGAACGGUUAACCUUACCAUUACAAAACAUGCUAUCGAUAUAUACUCGAACCUUGGCCACAUAAUCAGCACCAACGAAACGCUCAAUCCUCGGGUUAAGAUAGUUUCUAUCAGUCCUAUCCCAGCCGCAGAGGCGUCUAGAUACCAUCUUGUGGCAACAACUGCUACUGGAUACAGAAUCUAUCUUAGCGCUACUGGGACAUAUAGUUGGUCCGCAACGCCAACCGCGACUAAUGCGCCGACCAGUAUGCAAGCACACCAUGUGAAGACACCUCCGUCUGACAUACCCCCAAGUCAAAUUCCUCAAGGGCCACCUCCUGUCGCUGGGUCGCCGUAUCAGGCUUCAUUUGGUGCAAAACUCGCCAUCCACUCACUUGAUCCUACCAGAUCAGCCAAGCGAUUCCCUCCUGGCUACUUCUUCUGCUUUACAUCAAAGGACCCCAUGCAUCGAACAGAUACGCUUUUCAUAUCGACUCCAGACUCUGGUCGCCUUGCUCGUCCCCAGGACAGCGCACUCCCUAUUAAACCUGGCGAAACUGCCAUCUGGCUAACUCUUGGUAGUCGAGCAGAAGACAUUGGAUUAUGUACACCAGUAUCCACUACCAACUCAGCAGAAAGCUCUGGAAACGAGCUUGCAGUUCAAUUUGACAAGCCUGCUGCGGAAAUUGCGAUUUUAACUAAUACUGGCAUUCACGUUAUUCGCAGACGGCGACUGGUGGAUAUUUUCGCCUCCCUUAUACGGAACGCUGGAGGUGAAGAAGGUUUGGAAACCCAAGUUAAAACCCUGAUACGAUUGUAUGGCCGCAGCGAGACGCUGGCGACGGCUCUGGCGGUCGCCUGUGGUCAGGGAGUUGAGCUGUCUGCCGAUUCUCGUCUUUCGAAGAUAAAUGACCCCGAUGUUCUUGAGUUUGCGCGAAAGGUAUUUAUUGAGUUUGGUGGGAAGCCUACAUUCAAUGAGAACGCUGUUGCCGAUACCACCACCCCUGCCAUUGAUGCUGUGAUCCCCUCCCCGCGCCAUGCCGGUAUUGCUCUCUACACCUCACGCCUCUUAAGGUCGAUUUGGAAAACAGUAAUUGCCAAGAAAAACAGGACCCCCUCUGGAGGCGUUACUAUUUCUCCAUCUGUCGAGAUUUCAAAACUACAUUCGAUUCAGCGAGAUUUAUCUGCUCUUCAGGAUUUCUUCCGCGCGAACAAAUCGUUUAUCGAGGGAUUGAGUGGGCCGGAGGCGCUCUCACGGGCCAUCACAAAACAGGACGAGAUUGCCUUACAGGGAGAACAUCGUGCGCUACAUUCAAUGGUUCAGCUCGUUUCCGACACAACCGAAGGAAUUUCUUUCGUUCUCGUGCUGUUUGAUGAACGAGUUGAUGAAAUUCUCGCCCUAUUACCAGAAGAAUCGAAGCAGCGAUUUUUAACCCUCACGUUCGAAGAGCUGUUCAGUAGCAGCAAAGGUCAUGAUGUUGCGAAAGAACUUGUUAAAGCUAUAGUGAAUCGGAAUAUCGCCAAGGGGUCGAACGUGGAGACUGUUGCGGAGGCUCUGCGACGAAGGUGCGGCACGUUCUGUAGUGCGGAAGAUGUCGUGAUCUUCAAGGCUCAAGAACUGCUGAAGAGAGCGUCGGAGGCAGGAGCAAACUCAGAGUUGGGCCGGAAUUUGCUCAAUGAGAGUUUAGUCCUUUUUCGACAAGUGGCUGAAUAUCUGCCAAUGGACUAUCUUCAGUCCGCCGUGGAGCAAUAUAUCCAGAGUCAAUUCUUUGCUGGGGCAAUUCAGCUGUGCCUGGGCGUUGCGGCUCAUUCCGACAAGGCAAAUCGUGCUCUUUCGUGGAUCAUGGACGGUCGACCACCAGAGGAUUCUCGGCAAGCCAGCUUCGAGAUUCGAAAACAGUGUUAUGACUUAAUCUAUAGGGUUAUUCUCGCAGUUGACGACCUUUCGAGUCAAGACCCAGGUUUUGUUGAUGGACAGUUUACUCCAGUUGCCCGAAGAAAGAAUGAAGCGUAUGAUGUGAUCUCAAGCUGCGAUGAUGAGGUGUUUCUUACCAGCCUGUAUGACUGGUAUUUGAUGCAUGGUUGGAGUGAACGUCUCCUGCAAGUCCAGACUCCUUUCGUCGUCACUUAUCUUCAAAGAAAGUCCACCGAAGACCUCUCACACGCAGAUUUGCUCUGGAGAUAUUACGCACAAUCCAGUCGAUUUUACGAGGCUGCAUCUGUCCAGCUGCAGCUUGCUCAGAGCUCAUUCUUGCUUCCCCUGAGCCGACGGAUUGAAUAUCUCAGCCAAGCCAGGGCAAAUGCAUCUGUCUUUACACCUAAUAUUUCGCGAGCGUCGAGGCAAAGACUCCUUCAGGAAGUGUCGACAUUGAUGGAUGUGGCUAAUGUACAGGAUGAUCUUUUGCAGCGCCUCAAAGAAGAUGCCAGAAUCGCUCCAGAGCGUAAAUCUGAGGUCCUUCAAGAGGUUGACGGAGAGAUCAUGGAACUCAAUAAGCUCUUUAACCUAUAUGCCGAUCCAGGCGGCUAUUACGACAUCUGCCUUCAUAUCAUGCACCUCGCCAACUACCGCAACGCAGCAGAUAUCAAAGUAUGCUGGCAGAACCUAAUCCAAGAAGUCCACGAAGAGGCUUCGGCACGAGGCACACCUCUCCCAUACGAAGCCGUAAUCGAAAAAAUAAGAAACCUCUCCGGCCGUAUCAGGAUGUCAGACACUACAUUCCCAGUCUCGAUGCUAUUACCCAUGCUGGACCGAUAUGUCCUGGAACAGCAGCUAGGUGUCGGCCCAGACACGUGGGUCGUAGACCUAUUCCUCGAUCUCCAAGUUUCACACGAACAGAUAUACACCGUUCUUGAAUCGCUGUUCUAUACCAACGAAGUUCCGUUCCACGGCAAGAAUAGACGAUACAUCGCACGGGAUCUCUUGUACUUGAUCGCUCGCUGGUUCCAAGAUUCACUUCGAGUUGGAUCGGGGGCGUUUGGCAGCGAUGUCUGCGCACACCGGGUUUCGGAGAUGCUGCUACUCUUGCAACAGAGUGGGUUGGAUGAUACUUCAGCUGAGGAAUGUCGGGAUCUGCAGGCCAAGAUUCAGCGGUCUCUGUAA